GCUAUGCGAACACUGAGCCGCCAUGAGGUGGAGCCGGCUGCUGCUGCUGCCGCUGCCACUGUCGCUGCUGUGCCUUCUGGCCGCCGCCGCAGCCGCCGACGCGCAGUCCACGUCCGCGCUGUCGACGCCGUCCGCCCCCGCGUCGCCCACGACACCCACCGCCACCGCUACUACUGCCGCCCCCGCAGGCCUGCGGGGACACCGGCGAGGAGGCGCCAACCGGAGACCGCGCAACGGGAACAGCGGGCACCACAACAACAGCCACGCCAACGGCAGCAACAACAACAACCACCGGGGAGGCACCGAGAGGCGGCAGCGACACCGCAAGGGAGGCGGAGGCCGCGGUCGCGGCUCCAAGUGGUGGGGGAUCGCCAAGAUCGGGGAGCCGACGAACCUGCUGCCGCUGCCGCCGGGGCGCGCCAAGGCGCUGGACCCCAUCAUCCACGCGACGCUGCGGCGGCGCCAGCGCCGGCUGGUGCUGGACAACCAGGGCGUGCUGAUGGCCGUCGUCAAGGGCGCCAAGCAGGCCAUCCUCGAGUGCCAGUACCAGUUCCGCAACCGCCGCUGGAACUGCUCCACGCGAAACUUCGUCCGCGGCAAGAACCUCUUCGGCAAGAUCGUCGACAGGGGCUGCCGGGAGACGGCGUUCAUCUACGCCAUCACGAGCGCCGGCGUGACGCACGCGAUAGCGCGCGCCUGCUCCGAGGGCAGCGUGUCGGCCUGCUCGUGCGACCACAGCUACGCGCACCGCGCGCCGCAGGCGGCGGCCGACUGGGAGUGGGGCGGCUGCUCCGACAACAUCGACUACGGCUUCAAGUUCUCCCGCGAGUUCGUCGACACGGGCGAGCGCGGACGCUCCCUCCGGGAGAAGAUGAAUCUUCACAACAAUGAGGCGGGCCGAGCGCACGUGGUGUCGGAGAUGCGGCGCGAGUGCAAGUGCCACGGCAUGUCGGGCUCGUGCACGAUCCGCACGUGCUGGAUGCGGUUGCCCAGCUUCCGCGUCGUGGGCGACAACCUGAAGGACCGCUUCGACGGCGCGUCGCGCGUCAUGCUGAGCAACGCGGCUGCGCCGGGCGGCGGCAAGCGCAGCCGCUACAACCUGCAGCUGCGGCCCUACAACCCGGACCACAAGCCGCCCGGCGUCAAGGACCUGGUGUACCUGGAGCCGUCGCCGGGCUUCUGCGAGCGCAACCCGCGCCUCGGCAUCCAGGGCACGCACGGCCGCCAGUGCAACGACACCUCCAUCGGCGUCGACGGCUGCGACCUCAUGUGCUGCGGGCGCGGCUACCGCACGCAGGAAAUCACCGUCGUCGAGCGCUGCGCGUGCACUUUCCACUGGUGCUGCGAGGUCAAGUGCAAGCUCUGCCGCACCGUCAAGACCAUCCACACGUGUCUCUAGGCGGCUCCCCUACGGACACCUCACCCCCCCCCACCCCCCCCCACCACCAACACGUCAACCAUUCCUCUUCUCAGCGCUGCUGGCCCUCCGACUCCGCAAACUCCUCUCCCGCUUCCUCCAGAAGUCUCUUCCCGUUCACCGUUUUCCCUACUGCAGUGUCAGUUUCACAUUUCGUCAUGCCCAGUUCCACUCCACAUGAUCAUCCUUUAAGAACGUGUCUGUAUCAGAAUUUACUUUCAUUGCCCGUUUUCCAGGAAUUUGGAACCGACAGGCCUUCUUCAGCAUCAAUAGUCCCAACAAUGCCAUUUCUGUGCAUCGAGAAACUGAACGACGCUGGCCCAGACGUAGUUGCUUGUAGCAACUAGGCACUUGUGAUCUGCUGUUCCGACUUCAGAGCCUGGACAAAAGAAGUAGUGCAUGCUUACCAAAAACUCUCACCUCUUACACGUCAACCGCCCCUCUUCUCAGCGCUGGUAGCCCUCUGACUCCACCAGCCCCUCUACCGCUUCCUCCAAACGAGUCUCCCCAUUCACCAUUUUCCCUAUUGCAGUGUCAAUUUCACAUAUCGUCAUGUCCAGUUCCCCUCCAUAUGACAAUCUUCUAAGACUUUGAGUCUAUAUCAGAAUUCCAUUUCCUUACCCCCUUCUUCAGGAAUCCAGAAUCGAAGUACCUUCUUGAGCAUAGCAGUGCUGUGUAACAAGAAACUGCAACGGCGCCGGUCCAUCCCAAUUUGGUCGCUUGUAGCAAAACAAUUUCUAGGCACUUCUGAACUAUUGUUCAGACUUAGAUCCUGGAGAAAUGAGUAGGCAUUGAAGAAGUGCGUGCUCGCAAAGAGCCCCGUUUACCACGAACGGGCUUGUCACUACUCUUCAAGAUUCUGCUGUGCAAGCAAUGAAACGUGCUUACUGCCUUACACCGCACUCGAAUCUAGUCUAAGAGUUCGAUUACGUGCGUUGCUCCACAAGUUUUUACCCUUGAGCUAUAAGAAUAUGGCUCCAAAUGAUUUUACCAUGCAUCUGAGGUAAUAGUCUAGAGCCGAAUAUAUUGGUGACUAAGUUCUUCCCUAUAUACUCGAAAUGGGGGACGAGCCACUAUCAAGUGGACGGGCAACUCGCAGCCCAGCCAUUUUCAGAAUUCACACCGCUGGUGAGAGGCUCUUCAGGUACUUCGUAUAUGCUGGCACAUCAUUCACAGCAUUUCUCCCAAUUUACCCAGUUACUACGGUUUCCAUUUUCUCUCCUCUCUCAAACCAUGCUACUCAAUAGUUUUUCAUACACAAAGGCUCACACACUUGCUGAUAAAGGCACUACCAAUGAUACUAAUAUGUUUACAAACAUCAAAAUUCUUCUCUCAGAUCGAUACCUUUUACUCGGGACCGUUAAUAUAUAGAGAGGCAACAAGUGAAGAAUCUCCUUCGUUUCCAACGGCUGCAUUUUCAUGCAAAUGUAAACCAGAACUGCGUAAGUCAGCCGUUUGAUAGAAAUCGUCAGUAUCCAGACACAACCAAUCUUUCAUUGUCGCCUUUUCUUACAUGAAUCCCUCUGUCCUUCCACUCUUUUAAGUUUCCGCCUACGUCUCAUCCUGUGCGUCUUAACCCUAGAAGAGCUACAGUAGGAACACUUGUCUUACACGAUACACUGUAGCAGGUGUUUCCGCUUCCUCCCGCUCCUUGUUCCUGCUGGUCAGAGCGCGCACACCCCUCUGGGCGCAGGGGUGGUCGAGCGAAGGGAUCAUAAAUCGUCCUGGGAAGGAGUUUCACCCGUGUGUGUGUAUGUAUGUGUGUGUGGCGUGCGUGUGUGUUCGCUGGGAGGGGUAGCGGACCGGCGUUAUCUGUGAGGACGGCAAACACGCGCCGACAAACACCGGGGAGUUAUCUCGGAGACAGUUGGGCAAACAGUGAAAGCGUUCUGUACAUACGUCUGUGUAAAUACUUGAGAGACGCUAAAGACAAUAUAGUUUUCAAAGAGUUGCGCCGGGGAGGGCCUCGCCUGCCCUCGUCUUCCUACCUGCGGCGCGCCGGCCGCGGCGGCUGCUGCCCUGAAGACUGACGUCCGCUGUUGUAAAUCUACUGUAAUUAAACGAAACACGACUGCGACGCUCGUAUUUAAAAGAAAGAGUGUACCUUCCGAUGCCAUAAGCUAUUGUAAUUUUCCUUACAGAUGACUGAGUUUAAUUGUACAGGGUUUGUGUAGUCAUCCCAAAGCGUAUUACUUGACACUAGUCAAAACUGAAUGAAAGCGUUCUCGUAGAAACGCUGUACAUAUGCAAGACAUAAUGCUAUAAAUAUAUAUAUUUUUUGUAAUCUAGAUAAUUUAGCGCUUAAGAUGAUUAUAACACUAGAAGCGUGUUGAGUUACACUUUACAUUAUGUUUAGUUAUACAUUUAAAUGAUACUGCCUAGAUAUAUUAUUUAUUGAAUGACUGUCUGUCAAAAACAUUUGCGUCCUUAAAAAAUCACGAUUGCCAAAAUUUGUAAAUAUAGUGGAUUUCUUAUGAAUUUAGACGCUAAGAGAGAGACUACUUACAUGUUUGUACUGUGUCUGUACAUAUCUUAGUAUUUAUGUUGAGAAGUAUUUAAUUUGAAUUUUUGUGUACAUAUUAACGGAGUAGAGACUGUUUCUUUUCCGAUUCUGAAGUACUUAAUUACCAAACGCAAGAAGCGUAAUUAUUUGUGACAAUAUCAUCUAAUUUACAAGAAGAUAAUUUUUUGUUCACAGUUGUGUGUCUUUUGAGUUCUGAAAUUCCAAAUGAACUUUUUAUUUUUAUUUUAACUAUUCUA